GUGCAGCGCGGCAAUCACCUGUCAAUGGAAAGAGCCGAAGAUGUCGGCUCGGUCAUGUGAUCAGCUGUGUCCAAUCACAUUUGAUCACAUGAGAGCCAGUAAUCUGCAUUCUUCAGAGGGAACAUCUACACUGAUCAUCAGAGCACUGAUGAUCAGUGUGCCCUGAUGAUCUGUGUAGCCCCAGCAGUGCCACCUGUCAGUGCCACCUGCCAGUGCCCAUCAGUGCCACAUCAGUGCCACAUUUCAGUGCCUACCAGUGCACAUCAAUGCCACAUAUCAGUGCCCAUCUGAGCUGCCUUUCAGUGUCACCCAUCAGUGCCAGUCAGUGCCACCUAUCAGUGCUGCUCAGUGCCACCUAUCAGUGCUGCCUAAUCAGUGCCAUGUGCAUCAGUGUGCCCAUCAGUGCUGCCUAUCAGUGGCGCCUAACAGUGCCAGUCAGUGCCACCUAACAGCGCC